UAUUUUUAUAAACAAGUCCAAGAAUAUUUUUUCAAGUAAUGUACCCGUAAUGGUUUAGUUUGAACUACACAAGCAAACAGACAAUUCAGAAAUAUGAUAAGGAGAACACGCAGUCGGUUUUCUUUUAUUAAAAGUAUUUUGUAAAGUCAGAAAUAUUCAAUAAUAGUUUCUGUGUACACAUGGAACAACCCUCGACUGGAACAAAUAUUUUGUGUUAACGGAUUCGAAUAUUUAAGUUCUUGUAGAUGCAAGGUGUGGAAAAACUGGACAAUAUUUAAUAAUAUUUGAGAAAGUAAAUAAACCCAUUUUAAUGAGCAUUCUGUGGGUUGUGCAUGUGUUCCAAAGUACGACGGUAUGAAAUGACCUUACAAUAGGACAAAGAGUAGUGCGCUCAGAAGAAUGAAACAACAUAUAUUAGUUGACCUCGGAUGAAAUGAACUGUUAAGCGGAGCAACGUCAUGAAAAGUAGAAUUUUUCACGUCCAAACAACUGUGCUAAGAAAACUGUUCUUAUUUUCAAAAGGAACUGCUGAAGUCACGAAUAUUGGAAACAAGAAAGUAGCGAAGACAAUAUUUUCUCGAGACGCAUCCGACUACAUUCCGACAGUUACUAAUGCCAAGGAUAAUUACAGAGACAUCAACGUAUGAUAACAGAUUAUAUAAUGUCUAUGAUAUAUCAAAGUACAAGCAGAGAGAAAGCAUGUAAACACAAUUUGGAAAUAGGCUCUAUCAUUUAACCGCUUUAAACUUAAAUGCUUGUGUACUUUUGACCAGCUUCGCGGAAGCACUACUGGAAAUGGAUUACUUAUCUAAAACAAAUGUCAACGAAACUAUUUAUAACACUAGCAUAUCUAACAGCACGACUUAUUCCUCAGAUGUAUUCUUUAGAAAUGAAAGUGAUUUAGAUAAAUACAAAAACGAGCAUGACACUGCAGUCUCCGUGAUAUUUUAUUUUAACAUGACAGAACGUGUUAUAUCAUUCUGUGGUGUGCUGUUAAACCUUACAACAAUUAUAAUACUCAUGUCACUCAAGGGGUCACUGAAGACCCAGUUAAAACUGAUAAUGAGCCUGGCUAUAUCCGACAGCUUAAUAGCUAUAUUUCAUUGUUUGUUAACAUUUUACAAUUUCCCAAACGCAUGGAAAUUAUUCAGGAAUUUGUUUGCCACUAAUUGGACAAAACCAAAUAUCCUAAAGACUGUAUUUGCUUUCAUAUACACCGCGACACAAUUUGCUGGUCUGGGAACAAUGUUUGCAAUAUCAGUGGAUAUAUUAAUAAAGGUACGAAAACCUCUCCGUUAUAAGACAUUAAUGUCAAAAAGGCGCGGAAACAUUAUUGUUACAUGUUUGUGGUUAGUACCAAGCUUUCUGCUAGCAGCCGUUGCACUUCUUUUUUUUCAGCUCGGCAAUUUAAACAUUACAAUAUUUGUUAUAUUUGGCAGUGUGUUUUACUGCUUGUUCUGUCAGUUAUUCUUCUUUAUAUUUUUGACAAUCUACAUAAUAAUACUGUGUUCAGUAAAGUCUUUUAUUCAUAGACAGCCGUCGAGAUCUAGGCGUACUAUUACGAAAACGGCGGUCACAUUUUUCCUUAUAAUCGUUACAUAUUUUAUUUGCAUUUUGCCAAGUAUCUGGAUAUUUCUACUCAUAUUCACAAAUGUAGUUGAUUCACUUUCGGAUUUAGUCGUUAUCAUGAAUAUUGUAAGUUUUGUUUACACUCUGAACACUGUAUUAGACCCACUAAUUUAUGCUUAUAGAAUUCAAGAAAUAAAUAUUCGAUAUGAAACAUUAUUUAGAAGAAUAUGUCGCUGUGUACGAACUGACUCGGAUGGUUUUAAUCUAGGAAGAAAUAACUAAAUGUUUCAAAUAAAUGUUAUCAAACACGUGAAACAUUACAAAUUACACUGCUAAACCGAACCGCUUUUUAAAAACAUAUAAUGUUGAGUUUUGGUCAUCAGGGCGUUCAAAAUUGUUUUGAUUAAGAAAUAAUAUAAUUUCUAAUCAAAUAAAAGAGAUGUUCACUUUAAAAGAUAAUGAUCUGGCUGUAAAGCAUUAUCUUUAACUUCAUUUGGAUAAUUAUGAAUUAAAGUCAGACGUCUUUUGGUCUGCUAGAUCAAAAUGUUAUAUGAGUACAUUGACUAUAUUAUUGAUGCAAAAAUGAGCCGCGCCAUGUGAAAACCAACAUAGUGCAUUUGGACCAGCAUGGACCGCGCAGUCUGGUAAGGAUCCAUGCUGUUCGCUAACGGUUUCUCUAAUUUCAAUAGGCUUUAAAAGCGAAGAGCAUGGAUCCUGACUAGACUGCGCGAAUGACCGUUAGAUUUUAGAAAUGGCGAUUCACAGAUUAGCCGAGUAAAACUGUGAAAAUCGUUGUAUGGAUCAGAACUAUGGAAUGACAUCACACUAAAUGAUGUAUUAACUGCAAAAAUAAAGCUUAUUAGAAUGUCUGUGAAUGUUUACAACGUUUAUAUUAGGACAGUGACAGCUCUUAGCAGACUUGGAUAGUCUCUGAUAGAAGCUGAAAUUAACAGGAGAUAGAUAAAUUUCCUUCACAAUUUUGGACAAUGCCGACGAAUCUCCUUUCAAGACAAGUAUUUGACCUUAGAGUCCAGCUGUGUAUCAGCAUGGCCUAAUACAUACUUAUAAACUACAGUUUAACCACACAUGUAUUUUGAUUACCUUAAAACAGGCCAGUUUCAAGAUAAAAUAGCAAUAGAAAAUUUUGCUGAAAAAAUGACAUAAGUCUACAUUAGUGACUGGGCAUUAAAAUGUUUGAAGAUGAACAGUUAAUUCGGGUCCGGCAUUUCCGUUUGAUCUGAAACCUAAUACCAAGGAAUACACCUUGUCACGUGCUUAAAUAGUCGUGAGAUUUGUCUAGAAUAUUAUGCACAAGUAAAAGUUUUUUUCACAUAUUUUUGUUUAGAAUGUCUGUAAAGGAUAAAAGAAAGGACAAGUUACAUUAACAAGUAAAACUAUGAUCCGAACACGACAGAUUUAUUUUCCUAUUAAACAAAGAAUACUGAAAAUUGUGUGUUAUUAUACAUUCAAACACGACCCGUUCCAUUUUCCCUGUUAAACGAAGAAGGCUGAAAACUGUGUUAUUAAACAAAAAUUCAUUUUUCUGACGUCACAAUUAUUACGUCAUAGCGCCGAACGCCAUAGCAGCGCGCUGGAAAAGAAACCAACAGAAAAAAGGCAAAUAUUUUAUGAAUAUCAACAAGGAUGUACUUUAAAAUCCUUAAUAAGAUGUUAAAAUCGAAAUAACAUAUCUCAUUUAGUGAUUUGGUCUUUAAUAAAAUAAUUAAUUGUCCCCCAUCGUGAUAUAAUUUCUUCGCAUCUGAACUCCAAGCAAUGAGUUUAUUCAGCGACAAAUCACUUAAUGAGAUAUAUUAUUUGUUAGAUAAUAGAGACUACAUUUUCAAAAAUCCCUGUCAGUUCGAAACAAUGACAGGAUCUUAGCUUCUCAUCAAAUAUGAAAUAUAUUUCGAUCACUCCUGCCUGUUUAAAUCAUUUGCAUGUUGUAGAUCUAUAAAGAUCUGUAAAACUUGCAUAUGUCUUUGAUAUAAAUAAGUGUAUAGCAAAGUCUGUAUUUUCAAAUGUCGGAUUUUUAUAAUUGAUGUGUACAUUAUAUUCUAAUAUCACUAACAAUGCUUUAAUCAUCACAACGAUGUUAUGUUGACGUCACGUCAACGUGAUAUUUAGCGCUAUGUACGCAUCAAGAAAUAGCGCUUUCAAAUUUCAUGAAAUAUUUUACUUAAUAACAUGUUUUAAACAAAAAUCACAUUGCACAAAUGUUUUGAUUAAUUUAUACACAUACUGAAUUAGUUAUUCGCUUUGCUGAAUGAUUCGCAAUAAUUUUUGCUCGAACUGAAUUCUGCCGCAAGACGUAUUACAGUUUCCGGUCCGGGGGUGUUUUAACAAAUACCUACUAUUGGCGCCAUGCUUGCGCGAAGAAACAGUUCCAUCAUAUUUGAUAUAAAUCUUACAAUAAUGAACAUAUUAGAAUCGAAAUAAUUUAUAGCAGAACAGUGCUUUAUCACUAUUUAUACACUCGUGCGGCUAUAUGUCGUCCGAAAUAAUUUCACUCGUGCUGCGCCCUCGUGAAAUUAUUACACCCGACGUAUAACCGCCCAUCAUGUAUAAAUAGUGAUAAAGCACUGUUUUGCUAUAAAUUAUUUCUUAAUUAAUGAAUGUAGUUUCUAUACUUAUACAUUUCCAUAUUUGACGCUUACUUUUCAUUUCGCUAAGUGUUAACAUCUUUGGAUCAUAUGUAAUAUGUAUACAGUUAUGAUUACAAUUUUAUGAGAAUACGUGGUCAUAAUUAAUAUUAAUGCAUUACUAGGUCCAAAUAUAUACAAUGGAAUAUUAAACAUAUUUCACUGGACUUACUGAUAAGGAUGCAUGUUUAGCACAUAUUUACGAAUACUAUUAGGUUAUUUAACAUUGUUCUGUACAAUACGGAGAUAUAUUUGGACGAGUACCCAGCUGAGAAAACCAUAUUGGACGAGCCGCUAGGCGAGUUCAAUAUGGUUUUCUCAGCUGGGUACAAGUCCAAAUAUAUCUCGUAUUGUACAGUACAAUGUUAAAUAACCUUUUUAUUCUAUAUCUAUUUUAUCUUACUAUAGUAAUAGUUUAAAUUAAAAAUGUUUCACUGAAUAUUGUAUUCCUGCAUUUUCUAGUUUUUCCCAGUUUGGUAUGAGUGCAAAAAUAUAUUAUACAGAACAAUGUUAGACCUUAAAUAACCUUUUUAUUCUAUAUCUAUGUUAUCUUACUAUAAUAAUAGUUUAAAUUAAAAAUGUUUCACUUAAUAUUGUAUUCCUGCCUUUUCUAGUUUUUCCCAGCUUGGUAUGAGUGCAAAUAUAUAUUAUACAGAACAAUGUUAGACCUUAAAUAACCUUUCUUUUCUAUAUUUAUUUCACUUCAUACGUAAUAUACGCAAUUCAUUGAUUUUUGUUUUUUCUGCCUAUCAUCAUUAAAAAAUGUAUAUGGUGCAACCUCCCUACAACAGCCAUUUUGGCGAUUUGGGUGGUAAUAAUACUUGGCUGAGUUAUUAUGCCCACAAACAUUGUCAGCAAGUUUGGUGAAGAUCGGGUGAAAACUGUUCGACUUCAAAGAGCGGACAAGGCUAAAUUUCCCGUUUUUCGAGUAAUUCAAGGACUAUAAUCAAGGAGUGUCUGGUACAAUUUGGCUGGUUAUCGAAAUUGGCCGAGAUGUAAUGCCCACAAACAUUGUCAGCAAGUUUGGUGAAGAUCCCGCGAAAACUGAAUUAUAGAGCAGACAUGUUUUGGAUGCUGACCGCCCGUCCGCUGCCGUUCAUAAUCUUCUCCAUUUUGUUUCUUAACCGUUAAAUCAAAACUG